AUCCGUUAGUUAUUUCCAUUUUGUUCUGAUAUCAUAUGAAGUGCCUCUUGAUAAUCAUUUCAUCUGAAUUUGGAAAUUAGCUAAAGUAUGUUUGGAUUCAGUCAAUAAAAGACGAUAAAUUUGCGUGUAACUUGGAUAUGAAAAAGUAAGAAUAGUAAAUUAGACAAGAAAGAAAGAAAUCGGUAUUGAAAUGGUAAAGAAAGUAAUCGUAUAAACUGUAUCCGCAUAUGCAGAUCUAGGUUAAUCUAGAGUAUCUCACAGGCAUUUAUCAUAGUUCUCCACUGUUCUCAAAUAAACCAUACUUCAUUUGAACACGUCAAGGAAUUUUAUUACGAUAUAGUUUAUCAAAUAAUAAUAUUUAAUAAUCAUUACAAGAACCAAAGUAUGUACAUGAUGAUUUUCGAAGGAACUGCUAUAUGUUGUUUCAAAACAUAAAUGUCAUAAUUGGCUAGUCAUGUUCGUCAUUACAGAGAAAAUCUAUAAACAUAGUGGCUAAUAUUCAUAUGUUCAAUUGGUUUAUUCAUUUCUUUUUCUUACUCAUGAUAAUAAACAAUUGCAUGUUAAUUUCCACUUUAACCAAUAGCUGAUCAUCUUUUACUGUAAGUUUACUGUAGUUUAAAUACUACUUUCAAUAUUUAAUCUCCACCCAUAUAUAAUCAAAUACAGUCAAUCUAUUUAAUUUGAUUUGAUUCAUUUACGAGUUAAUUUAAAAUAAACAUACCUAUAAACACCAAUAAAUGUACUUAACUCUAUGCAUUAACUAUAGUAAUAACAUUAUAUUAUUUUAAUUACAUAAUUCUUAUCAGUUAUUAAGAACAUUUCAUCAACAUAUACUUUGUAAUUGUCAUAUUGAAAGAUACGGAAUGACAAAUGAUAAUAAUCCUUCAAAUUGUGUAAACAAUUCACCAAUAUCUAUUAAACCAUCAAUGGAUAGAUUGCCAAAAUGUUCUAUAACAGAUUUUUAUUACUUGUUGCGUUUAUUUAUAUCUGAAUUAAUUGGUACUGGGACAUUAUGUUUUGUUGCUGUAUUAUAUAGUUUUCCACCAACUACCAAUCCAGUAUCUGAUUGUAUUAUUGUAUUUUUUACAUUUUCUUGGAUUGUAUGGAUAUUUGGACCGAUAAGUGGAGCACAAAUUAAUCCAAUAGUAACUAUUGCAUUCUUUAUUACAAGAAAAAUAACAAUAAUCCAUACUAUCCUAUUUAUAAUAUCACAAUUAGUUGGUGCAAUUUUAGGCGCAUUUAUAGCUAGAAGUUUAUUGCCUAAUGAUUUAUCACAAUUAAAUAAAAUUGGUUUAGUUAUGAAAAAUCCAUUAAUAUCACAAGGUAACGCUGUUGGAUUUGAACUUUUUGGUGGAUUUGCAAUUGUAUUAGCUAUUCUAGCUACAACUGAUGAAUUUCGUCCAAAUAUAUGGACAGCUGGAUUAUUUACUAGUUUACCAUUUCAAAUGGGAGUUGUUCAUGCCUUAUUAGUUGGAAUAUUAGCUAGAUAUUCUGGAGCUGGUUUAAAUCCUGCACGGUGUUUGGGUACAGCUGUCGUUGCAAACGACUUCACUGACUUGUGGGUAUAUCUUGUUGGUCCAUUAUGUGGUUCCUUAAUUGCUGUAAUUCUUUAUGAAGUAGUCUUGUCGCAUGGUGUUUCUUUACAUCGACUAAAAGCUUGGUUGACCAGUCCAAAUUUCGAUCGCAAUGUGGAUUAUACUUCUAGAAAUGAAGUAUUUAGUGAUUAAGAAAGAAUGUAAAAUCCUAUUGUCCACUGAUCAACCAAAAAGAUAUUUGUACAUAAUAAUCGAAACGAUUGUCAUGUAAACACUCACAAACUAAACAAAGUAGUUAUAUUUUACCUUUACCGUUGUCACACAUGCACAGAUAUUAGUUGAUUUCAAAUAAAAGAGAUAAAUAAACGAAAAUACUGUCAUUUUUCAUCCAUUUUGUUUAUAAAUACUCCAUCGCAUUUUAUUUGCACUCAGUGUUUGUUAAAUCGGUUUGUCAAGUGAUAACGUAUUGUUGGUUUCAUUGAAGAAAGUAGGUUUCCGACAUAAGUUACAGAAUCGUUAACUGGUGACAGAAAUAACGAAACCACGGUCCUGAUCUACUUUUGAGUAUUUACAGAUGACAAAUCCUUUACUUCUCUAAUUGCUAAGGCGUAUAACUUUAAAAUUCUCCUUAAUUUAGUAAGACUCCAGUGACUAUUUGCUUGCUUCCAAGUACUGUUAGUUAUUACGUUGGAAUUAUUAAUUUUAACAAUUACGUAUCACGUUAAAUUAUUAUGUAUAAAGCCUUGAUGUAGACCCUAUCUGUAGCAGGGUACUUUACGUGUUAUCUGCCAAAGGUUUUAGCAGCGUAAAUAUAUGAUGCAGAAAAGUCGUAUUGGCCUAUAUAGACUCUUUAUAAUGCCAACGUGAAUAUGUACAUGAUAUUCAUACUAGUCACUGUCAAAUAUUCACUUUUAAACCUAGGUAUGUGCGUAUGUAUCUGUUUGUCUAUAAUCUAAUUAACCACCUGUAUGCUUGCCUUUGUUUAAUGUGUUUUUUUAUGCGAAAGAUAGCUAACACUUGACUUAUUAGAUAACACUGCCUUUGUCUAUUAAUUUUCAUUGUCUGACUGAUUGCACAUGAAUGUCCAAAGUAAAAUUCUCCCAACAAAGUUCAUAUCUCACUUUUCUUACCACUGUUACACAAUAGGGUUAGACUAAGUAUGAUGUAUGGAAUGAAACUGAGAAUUAUAUCUCAUGGCUCACUCAUCAUCUUCGUCAUUAUUGGAGUCAACUGGAGCAAUUUAGUAGCAAAUCUAGUAGAUUGACCAGAAUGAAAGUAGAACCGAGUCAUUAUGCAUUCAUUUAUAGAACUCAUCUAAAAACGUGUGAAAGAAAGCAACAAUAUAUUGUAAAUAUAACAAAAGCACGUUAUAAGUGGACGAACAGGCGUCAAUAAGAACUUCUAAAACAUCCUAGGUAUAAGUUCGGCCAAAAUGUAGUGCUGUGUCAUAAUUAAAACCCAUUCGAAAAUUCGUUGAUGUGAGCCAAUGACUUUAUAGAUGGUGUAACUGUUAUCACAGGAGAUUAUCUUGCCUGUUUGACAUUCUUCUGGAAUCCCCGGUCACUUGAGUUGAAACCUGAGUAUUAACUUUUUUUUUCCAGCGUUCAAUAAGAUCAUGAUAUCUAGCAUUUUCUAGUAUUUUUCCGUUCACUUAGUGGGCUAAUAUUGCAUACGAGAGUGUGAUUUUCACUCGAAAUUUCACUUCAUUUAUCUAAAGCUAUCCACAUGUGUUUUCUGUG